ACCCCCCCUCCUCCACCAAAUCGCGAAGAAAAGUAAAAUCUCCUCACACUUAAAAUCCAUUAGAGGCCUCGCUAAUCACCCAGAUCGAAGUCAUUUUAUUAAGCUGCAGGACGGAUAUCGAUCAACGGAGAUCCCCAUUUCACUCACGCUCUGCAAGGUGUGCUUUGACCUCUGACCUCUUAGUUCUCGCUUGAAAGAGCAAUAUGGUUCUUCAGAAGCUGAUGGGCUUUGGCAAGCAGUUGCUCCGCGUCAAAUCCAUCAACGGCAACUCUGAAGAGUCCCGUCUCUCCAGAUGCCUGAACACCUUCGACCUAGUGGCUCUUGGGGUGGGCAGCACGCUGGGCGCCGGUGUCUACGUGCUGGCCGGCGCUGUUGCCCGCGACAACGCAGGCCCUGCGAUCGUGCUGUGCUUCCUGAUAGCGGCGUUAGCCUCCGUGCUGGCUGGCUUAUGCUACGCUGAGUUCGGAGCCCGGGUUCCAAAGACUGGUUCGGCCUAUCUCUACUCCUACGUGACGGUGGGGGAGCUAUGGGCCUUCAUCACCGGGUGGAACCUCAUACUCUCCUACAUCAUCGGUACAUCCAGCGUGGCUCGUGCGUGGAGCGCAACGUUUGAUGAGCUGAUUGGGGGCCACAUAGAGCGUUUCUGCAGGCAGUACAUGUCCAUACAGGCCCCUGGGAUCCUGGCAGAGUACCCUGACAUGUUCGCUGUCCUCAUCAUCAUUACCUUGAGCGGUCUGCUGGCGUUUGGAGUGAAGGAGUCCGCCAUGGUGAACAAGGUGUUCACGUGCAUCAACGUCUUGGUGCUGUUGUUUAUGGUGGUGUCUGGCCUGGUGAAGGGAACACUCAAGAACUGGCAGAUAGACCCCCAACAGGUUCUCAACAUCAGCAACACAAAUGCCUCCAGUUUGAAUCUAACGGAGUCGCGGGUGUCCGUGGAGACCCUGGGAGAGGGGGGCUUCAUGCCGUUUGGGAUCACCGGCGUGCUCUCUGGCGCCGCCACGUGUUUCUACGCCUUCGUGGGGUUUGACUGCAUCGCCACCACAGGCGAGGAGGUGAAGAACCCCCAGAGGGCCAUCCCCAUCGGCAUCGUGUCCUCUCUGCUCAUCUGCUUUGUGGCGUACUUCGGCGUGUCCGCGGCGCUCACCCUGAUGAUGCCCUACUACCUGCUGGACAGCAACAGCCCGCUGCCCGCCGCCUUCAAGUACGUGGGCUGGGAGGGCGCCACCUACUCGGUGGCCGUGGGCUCCCUGUGCGCUCUGUCCACCAGCCUGCUGGGGGCCAUGUUCCCCCUGCCGCGAGUCAUCUACGCCAUGGCCCGUGACGGCCUGCUCUUCUCCUUCCUGGCACACGUCAGCGAGCGCAAGUCCCCCGUCAGCUCCACCAUGGCCGCCGGGGUCAUGUCGGCGGUCAUGGCCUUUCUGUUUGACCUGAAGGACCUGGUGGACCUGAUGUCCAUAGGGACCCUGCUGGCCUACACCCUGGUGGCAGCCUGCGUCCUGGUGCUCAGGUACCAGCCGAAGCAGCCCGGGCUGUCCUAUCAAAUGGCGGAGCUCCAGGAGGAGGCGGACCUUGGCGACGGUAUCAGCGUGCCCAGCAUGGUCAUGCUGGAAGGCAUGGAGGAGCGCUUCAGCUUCAGGAGCAUGAUGUCCCCGCAGAACACGGAACCGUCCACCCUUUCAGGCUUCAUCGUCAACAUCGCUGUCAGUGUCCUGGGCGUGCUGAUCCUGCUGUUCAGCAUCCUGGCGGUGAAUGGGGGGAUGGCGGUGCUGAACCUCUUCGUCCUCGCUGUCAUCUUCGCAGCGUGUUGCUUCCUCACCUUCAUCGUUGGGAGACAGCCUCAGAGCAAGACCAAGCUCUCCUUCAAGGUCCCUAUGCUGCCCUUCAUCCCAGUCAUCAGCAUGUUCGUCAACGUCUACCUGAUGAUGCAGCUGGACAGAGGCACCUGGAUCCGCUUUGCAGUGUGGAUGGCUCUUGGGUUCGCCAUCUACUUCGGCUACGGCAUCCACCACAGCCUGGAGGGCUCGGCGGCACGGCCGUCGCCCGACACGGAGAUGCGCGGCUUCAAGCCCUCCCACGAGCUCCGCGGCCCGGCCAUGUCCCCGGAGAAGGAGGCCUUCCUCCACAACGGCUUGGAGGCGGAGAGCCGCGAAGAAGACGACGAAGACGACGACGACGACGACGGCGACUUCUAGUGUGGUCGACGCCCACUUCACGCCGGACCGCCCGCUUCACGCCCCCACCCUGAACCUCGCUCCCCCAAGACCGCCGUUAUAAAAGACAAACAGACUGAAACCAAAAAACUGCUUGGAUUGUAUCUUCAGUACAGGAGGUUUUCAGGGCCCUGAAGGUAACGUCACAUUGAUUUCCUUUUUUGUUUGUUUACAUUUGGAGCUGUGGAUGCUGGGUAACGUAUUACUACACUCAUGGAGCAGGUCUCAGACGGCGACGACUUUGCACAAACGUACUGGGGGACACUUUGAGUUUCCAUUUCCCAAGGUUUCAGUCUUUUGAUGAGAACUCGCCCGAGCUUGGCCUCAUCGCCAGCAGUGCGGAGUCAAGGGAGGGAGGACGGGGGACGCACGGGGGGUCUACUUGUGGAACUUGUGGCCAGGGAAACGGGUUUAUAAUCGUCGAAAAGUUCCGGAGCCAACCAAUUGGGUUCUGUGUCAUUGAGUUAAAUGACUGGAUGGAACCUGCGCUAUUUUAGACAUAAUUAGUCUCAAGUUAUUCAGAGAGAUGGGAACCGCUGGGAUCGGUGUUGUUGAUAUACAGGUUGAUACCUCGUAAAGCGCUCAUGAACCCUUGUGGGCUAAUCUUUAACAGUUGGAAAGGGCUUUUGCUAGCUAGCACAAAACACUGCGGGCCUUCUCGUUGACCCCGCGUAGGUACAGCCAGACACAUGAUACACACCAGAUACAAUGCAGUGUUGCAGGCAACAACCAGCUGAAGGGAGAAGGGACACAGUGGGGGUAUCAGAAGUACUGCGCAUUCUGUCUAAGAGAAAGUGAUGUCACAGGAUGGGAUGUAGUCACUUAAUAAUAACCUGGACAGUGAAAUACACUGUUCAAACUAAAAACACCAGGAUGCCCCGACUUGUCCAAUAAUUAUUGGACACAAUGCACACAGCCCAUCUGUUUAUCGCCAAAUAUGGAUAUUUGCAGAUGCUAUGGAAUGAUGAUGUGCAAAAAUCAUACAGGGAUAGGAGGGGGGAGGGGGCACCAUAUGUCAAUGUUUUAAGUGAAGUCACACUUGAUUUUCACCCUUUAGGUAUUUACCACGUGGGGGGUGUCCAGCUGGUUCUAUAAUGGGCAGGUCAGUAUACCAGUUGGUACAGUCCACUGGGUGGGCUGAUGCAUCUAUUAAUACCUAAUGGGGUGGAAAUCACAUGUGUGAAGUCACUUUAGGGUGGACACUCCCACGUGUGUCACUAUGACACUAUAGAGGUCGAUUUUAAUCUGCCUUAUUCACCUGAACUGAGUGGGAAAUCUGCAUUCGGUUCCCCAAACAGCAUUAGCUCACCAGCUAAUGGGCAUCACACCUGGUGGUAAAACUGGGCCCUUUAAAUGAUUCACGUGGAAAUCAGAUGAGAGGUGCCGUGCGGGUCGCCGUGUCUUUCUUUGCCCUCUGAAACUUGAAGCCUCUACUCGGCUGCCCUCCUUUUUAAUGUUGUUUUGAAAGGAAAUGGGAAUAGAUUUUGUCUUUGUGGGUGGUGUCUUGUUCAUUUGUGUGGUCAUUUUAUGAUUUUUGUGCAUUUUAUUUUGUAUUCUAGUUAAGCCCGUCAUCAUCAUUAUGAUCUGUCCUCUAAUUAAAUUACAUUUGUAGAGCCCUUAAUCACAGUAACAGUCUCAUAGGGCUUAACAGGCCAUAUAUUUAUGAGACUCCCCAUCCCUAGCCCCCCAGAGGGCAAGAAAAAACUCCCUUAAUUAGCGAGGAAGAAAUCUUGACAAGGUACAGAAUGGGGGAUCACUCCUUCCAAGGAUGGUUAGGAGUGCAAUGGGUGCCUUCAUUGACAUUCAUAGUAAUGCAUGUCUAUUCAUUUAGCUAAGAAAAAUAAAGGGUGACUAUGGUGAGGGGGCCGGUUAACCUGUCAGGGUAUACCAGACAUCCUGUCAGUCACCGCAACAGACCAGGCGUCCACUCGCAUUCACCCCAACACGCUAAAGCAGACUUAUAAAUGAGAUGAUUUGAGCCAGGCAUCUGCCUAAGAGGAGCCCAAGUGGUGGUGGGUGGUGUAAGGCCAUGUAACUGAUGUUUACUGGAGAGCAGCCUGCUUUGUUCUCAGGAUUUAUUUGGGCUACAUAAAGCUUAAUUAGCACACAGCUAAGGUUUACUAGCAUACACUUAGGGUACAGUGAUAUUGAUUAGAAUACAGCUAAGGGAUGAUCAGAAAAAGGUGAUGACAAACAAACACUUAUAUAAGAUAUAUUGGCAAACGGUUAGGGUACAGUAUUAGCAAUUUGCAUACAGCUAUGGUUAUUAGGAUACAGCUAUUGUACGGUAAUGUUUUAUUGGGAUACAGUCAAGGUUUAAUCACUAGUUUAUAUCAGGCAACAAAAUCUGUGACAAUUAUGUGGUGUCCGGGGCAAGACCGGCCAUCUGGCUUACUGGGCACUGUCCCUGUCGGCCGACGUGCCUUUUGGGCCGACCAAAAGGAUAAGACAAGGUGAAAGGAAGGCACGGAGAAGUCGCAGGGCAAAAGAAGUCAGCUUAUCCUUGUAGAAUCUAAACUAGGGUCUUCUAUAAAAUUCGUUUGAAUCUUGCAUUUCAUUACAUCAUGGCGUUACGGGGCCCUUCUGGUGUCGGCAGACACGGGGCGCACCUUAUUACUACACGCAAGAAGAUUGCAGAGGGUUAGUCAGCCCAGCCAUGGUGGUGUCCAUUUACCUCUAAAUGACAUUUCACAACUGGAUCGGUUUUCAGAUCCAGUAGGUCAUUUCCAUGUGCAGUCCUAUUGUGAUACAAUAAAGGUUUUUACUUUUGAGUAUCUUUUUAGAGGUUUAAACAUUGUUGGCUAACGUAUGUCAGUUGACCGAAAAUCCUCAUUGUAAAGAAAAAAACAUAAAAUACCAAAAAGAUAACCAUUGUUUGAUGAACUGAGGCCCUGUCCACACUAACCCGGGUAAAAAAAAAAAUGCACAUUCGCAAUGAAAACAAUUCCCGUCCACACUAUCGUUUUCAUAUCGUUUACCGAAAUGUUUUGCAUCCACGUUCCACACUGAAAUGUUUUGUUAAACAGUUGUUCUCAUGGUCAUAGAUGUGAUCAAAGUUUUUGGAAAGUGUGAUCUAAGCUAUAGAGGCACUGAUUUUAAAGCAGCAUACACCUGGGAGAAUUUCGUUGUUGACCAUGGAAACUUAGAAUGAUCUUCUGAUCAUUCUGUUAAGCAAAUUUGAUGUCUCUCUCCAAGAGCAUGUGAAGGAAUGUGUUCAAAAAAGCAUAAGCCUACAUGACGGGUGCAGAAGGCAGAGGAUCCCUGGUAACACUUCUCUCUGAAACCUGACUGACGUCAUCAGUCACUUCAUUAAGGAAGCAUCUAGGGAAGUAAAUACGGCAGGGAUGUUUUCUGUGCAGAUUGACACCACACAGGCUGUUACCUCCAGAGUACUUUGUGGAGCUACUUAAAGAAGCUCAUGCAAAGGGGGAUAUUGAUCUUCAGAACUGUGUAGCCAACGUUGACAUGUAGUUGCAAUGCACAUAUCCACUGGUAAGGAGUAGUUUUUAUUAUUUUACACAGUGGCAAAAUUCUACGCAUGCUAUUCCCGCAGUCUCAUUAAAGGCCUCUCCAUCCAAAAGUCCCGGGCCAAAUUGACCCAAAGUACUCAGACCAAAAGUACAAUUUUUUUUUUACAGUUGAUUUUUUUGAAAAUGCCGCUCCAAGUACGGUUUUAACUGGCGUCUUUGUUUUUUUUUCCCAUCGCUUAAGCACAGCAAGUCGCCUUCGGCGUUGGUGUAACGAAUAUGUAUGAGACAGUAUGUCGAGUUGUAACUGAUACAUAAGUGAAGAUUGUGCAAGCUUGUGGCAGCAUCAUGGCAGUGUCAUGGCAACCGAACGUCAUCGUUUCUAAAAGCCUCCGUCUACCCUGACCACACUACAACGCGAACCCAGCGUUUUGAACCAUUUAACAAAUUAUAUUAAUUUAAAAUGUCUCACAGAUAAGAAAUAAUGUCAUAUUGUGCCAAAUUUUCUUGAAGUCUUCAGAUGGGCCAAAAACCUCUUUCUUCAAAAAUGUCAAACCUGAGCCAUCCUUAGGCUUACUUACCUUGUUCAACAUACCUUGUAACGUCAACUGUUUUUUGUCUAUUGUUGUAAAUAAAAUAUAGAUUUUCAAGUAA